AUGAGUCAAAGAUUCUACACUCCACGUAUUGGAAUGGUACAAACUGGUUAUUAUUGGUAUUGUACAGGAUAUGUUAAGAAUAAAGGAAAAGAGAAGAAUCUGGAACAUGCAAGAGAAUUGCUUACUUGGAUUCAAGAUGCUAUAGCAAUCAAAAAGUUAUGUGAUCCUGUAUAUGGUGAUAAUGGAAAAUGCAAUAUCAGAGCAUUUAGCAAAUUUUUAAAGGCAUAUGCCCAACAUCUUAGUUUACUUUGUAGAAUUGCAAUGAGACAAAAGAUCGACCGUUUUGAUUCUGGAACUUAUUAUGCUGAGGGUGACACUUCUUCUGAUUUCAAUACCAAUCCUGAACCCGAACCUAAAUCUCAGCCUAAGAAUAACAAUCUUUUGAAGGAAGUGCACUAUAAUCCUUUUGAUGUCCAACUUGUGGAAAUAGAUUCGAUGUUAGCAAAAAUAAAUGUGAAAGUAAACUAUCCAGAUUCAUAUGUUGUAUCCAUUGCUGUGAUGUGA